UUGAUAAACAACACAUAUGGGUCUGGAGGCAAGACUAGCUGAAAAUGACUGUCCUAUACUAUUCCUGAUUUAUUCUAAUACAGAUGCUUUGUAUUGCUUUUUUAGGAGGCUUGGUAAAAUGAAAGGAAACUGUAACUGGAGCUGUAACAGUACGUUUCAAAAAGACCUGUUACCUCCCAUCUACGGUGUGGAGAUGUGUGUGGCGCUGGUGGGGAACAUACUGGCGCUGUGGCUGCUUGUGACUAAGGAGAAGAAGAACUGGCACAUGGGAGUGGUGUUCUCUUGCAAUCUGGUCAUCAGUGACAUCUUUUACGCCCUCACUCUGCCCCUUCUUAUCGACAACUAUUCAAGAGGUCGACAGUGGAUAUUUGGUGAUGCUGUCUGCAAAAUAGAGCGCUUUCUCUUCACCUGUAACCUUUACGUCAGCAUUUACUUCAUCAUGUGCAUCAGUGUUCAUCGAUACCUGGCCAUCGUUCAACCAAUCUUCAUGCGCAAACACAUUCGCCCAAAACACGCCAAGACCAUCAGUGUGUUCGUCUGGAUCUUUGUGGCAAGCAUUUCAUCUCCACUUCUCUACUUUUCAGGUGUGUAUAGGGACAAAUGUUUCUUAUUUGCAAAUAUAGAUAAUAAAUCAUACCUAAAGUCUACCUACAGGGUGUUUAUGGUUGUUAUAUGCUGCUUUGUCCCAUUUGUAGUUACUUUUGCAUCAUAUUUUGGUGUAAUAAUGGCUGUUUUUAAAAAUGCAAAUAUCACCUCACUCCAGAAGAAAAAAGUGGCUCUGAUUAUUGGAUUAGUCUGUGUCUUGUACACUCUGUCUUUUGUCCCCUAUCACAUUUUACAGAUAGUGAGCUUUAAAAUGAGAGAAGAAGGCAAGACUAAUUGUUAUGUGCGUAAUGGAUACCAAGUGUCAAAGGCAUUAGCUUGUCUGAACAUGUGCCUCAAUCCCAUCCUGUAUAUGGCUGUGUCUGACAGUAUCAGGGCAGUGUGCUGUAGAAGGACCUCAAAUGUAUCAAACUUACAAAUCACAGUUGGAGAACACUCGUCAAAGAACCGUGAAUUGAAAUCCAGAAACUGAGAUUGCAAACUAUUUUCUUUUCCUUCAAACAUUUGUGUUGAUUUGGAUGUAUGUUUGGGGUCAUUAUCAUAUUGAAAAAUUCAUCUAUUGGCAAAUUUUACCCUUCUGGAAGAGGCAACCAUGUUUUGGGCUAAUAAUGUUUCUGUAGUUAAUAAAACUGAUAAUACACUCAACACUCACAAGUUGUUAAAUAGCCCUAAAAGAUUAAUGUUGCAACUCCAUAUUUUAUUUUACAGUAGGUUUGCUGGAUUGUGCUUGUAUGCAGUUGCUAUUGUCACCAAACCUUUAUUUUGGUCUAAUCUAAUCCUUAUUAUCCAUUAUGAAGCGGGCGAUGGCGACUGAGUCAGAUAAUGAGAAAACCCAUUAUUCGUGGCCUUAUUUGUAAAAGUUUAUGUGCCUUAAGGAAUCAAAUAAUAAAUCUAACACCUUUUGUAUGUAAUCUUUGCAAACCAAAGAUUAAAAUAAUUCAUCCAGUACUUCGAUUAUAAGGGGACGUUAUACCCAAGAGUUGAAGCACAAAUUUAAGGACUUAUAUAGAGAUGAACACGAUUGUCAUGUUAAAUUGAUAAGCAGCCUAAUGUGCACAUUAUAUAUUCAUAAUUGUUCUGAAUUAUUUUUAAUUUGUGUUUAAUUUCUUUAUGCAAAAUGAUACACAGUUAUUCCUAAACUGAUUCACAAUCAUGACAUACUAACAAUGAUGCCCAUUUA